GUCCCAAAAAAUUGGGAAAAACACUGCCGAUCAGAAACAAGCACACCCGGGUGGAAGAUCAAUAAAAGCCGGCCCCCGUUUGCUCGGAGCGUCACAACUCUCGAUCGGCUCAGACCAGAAGCAUCAUCCUUGUCAGAAGUUAAUUCUUGCCAUGAUUCUACAAGCAGUUUUAGUGGCCUGUUUUGCCACCGUCGCCCUCGGUAACAUCUGCUGUGCCCCAGAACGAUGGGAAGGCUAUCAGUUCACUUACGGGCAAUUCGUCCAGAAAAGAGGACGGCUCGUGGCUGGACCACCCGUGAUCAAAACCGGCCGCUACCAAGUAUCAUAUGACGCCGUCGAACAGAAGGUGGCCUCAUACGGGAACUAUACCAGAAACGGCCAGGUCAUCUUAUUCAGGGCCAUCAAUGACUACCAAACGGGUCGGGGGUACUUCAUCCUCCCAAAAGAGAAGAUCUGCACAGCCUUCCAAUUGCCAACCAAGUUCCAAGCAGCAUGUAUUCCAGACAAUGCUGUCGACCUGGGCCCUUAUGCUUUCGGUAUCGGUGAAAAUUCGCUGGCUAUGCAGGGGUACGAAGUGAGGGCUAAGAAGAAUGGUGAUGAUGUGACUACCAUCGUGUGCGUCACCCAGGACGGGUGUGUUCCCACGACGGAGAACGUGUAUGGGACAAUCAGGGGAGCCACUUUCUUCUCAAAUGUGGGCUUCAACGACCUGACGAGUGGCAUCAAGGAUCCGUCUGUCUUCGUGGCCCCAGAUUAUUGUGAAGAGGGCCCCGUUGAGAUGCUUGAUCUCCUCCACGUCGGCUUCAGCAUCAUGCGGCUAUAAACACUGCUUCUUGAGCCAGCCGGAAGCAUACUGUCGCAGUAGAUACGGAAGGUGAAACGAUGCACCAAGUUCCGAUAUGAUUUGUAUCAUGAU